UUAUGUGUAACUACCAACCCAUGUGCCCUUCUGAGCAACGCUUCUGUUCUUUUAAAACCUCACUUUGAGACUCAGUGAACACAGCACACUUCAACACUCAUCUCAGAGCAGAAGCACAUAGUCCAGAAUGACCACCGGCACCGGCCAACUUGUCUGUGUUACCGGCGCUGCCGGUUACAUCGCUUCCUGGCUCGUCAAGUUUCUCCUCGAACGCGGUUACACUGUUAAUGCCACCGUUCGCGACCCAAAUAAUCCCAAAAAGGUAGAUCAUUUGGUUAACCUUGAUGGUGCGAAGGAGAGAUUGCAUCUCUUCAAGGCCGAUCUUCUAGAAGAAGGUUCCUUUGACUCUGCCGUUCAAGGUUGUCAGGCUGUGUUUCACACUGCUUCUCCCUUUUUUAUCGGCGCCAAGGACCCGCAGGCUGAGUUGUUGGAUCCAGCUGUGAAGGGGACUCUGAAUGUUCUGAAAUCGUGUGCGAAGUCGGCCACGCUGAAACGUGUGGUCCUAACUUCUUCUGUUGCCGCAGUUGCGAACAACGACAGGCCUAAAGGCCCUGAUGUGGUGGUUGACGAGACUUGGUUUUCCGACCCAGAGUUCUGUAAGAGAAAUGGGGGAUGGUAUGAUCUUUCAAAGACACUGGCCGAAGAGACUGCGUGGAAAUUUGCAAAAGAGAACAACAUUGACUUGGUCACCAUAAACCCAGCAUUGGUUAGUGGACCUCUCUUGCAACCAGAGCUUAACACCAGUGCUGCUGCAGUUUUAAACUUUGUUAAUGGUUCGCCAACGUUUAAAAACAUAACUUUGGGAUGGAUCGACGUGAGAGAUGUUGCAAAUGCUCAUAUUCUAGCGUAUGAGAAUGCUUCAGCCAAUGGAAGAUAUAUUCUAGUUGAGAGAGUGAUUCACCACUCACAAGCUGUGCAGAUUUUACGUGAUUCAUACCCAACUUUGCCACUUCCAGACAAGUGUGCGGAAGAUAAGCCAUAUCCUCCAGUGUUUCAGGUUUCGAAGGAAAGAGCAAAGAGCUUGGGGCUUGAGUUUACUCCUUUGGAAGUGAGCCUGAAGGAUACUGUGGAAAGCUUGAGGGAAAAGGGAUUUGCCAAAUUUUAAGGUGUUACCCUUAAACAAACGUGAACGUGGGAACCUUCUUUAGUUGUUUUCUCAUGCUCUUGCUUUUGAAUAAGUUUAUUGUAAAAUAAUUGACUUAUAUCAGAACUGUUAAGUACUGAAAUAAGUCAUUCUUGGUGUCGUUUGUACGAGUGGCAAUCGAGUUUCAAACAUGCAUGUCCAGAGUUUGCAUUAGAGAUUGUAUCCUUCUUAUAUAAUAUAAUAACUAGAAAAUGUCUGUUGCAUGUUUAUAUCA